AUUAUCUGAAUACAUCCUCCACAUGCAAUAAACCCAUUACUUACAAUAUAUAAACCUUUAUCAGAAAGUGGUACCAAAAUGAUUUACAAUUUUACUGUAUGUACUCAUAUUGUAACGUUUUCAUUGGCAGGUGGAGCUUGUCAUUUUAAACUUCAUCUGAGCAAACUAGUAUGGUUAUAUGAAAAAGAGGUCCUGUUAGAUGAACUCAGGUUUUUGCCUCUGAGAGGGUUGCUGCUGCUGAGCCCCUAAAUGAGGAGCUUAACCCACACUGUUCCAGGAGUAGUGAUCGACAACGGGCUGCUUUCAGUGGCAGAAGACAGAUCAAGUAGAAUAUCUUAACAAACAUGCCAACCAAACUUAAUACAGUACAGCAUUAUAUUUCAAAUGUCAUACAUCUUGACAGUACAUUCAUCACUGCACCAGUUACACUGUAGACUAUAACAUUAAUUUAUUCAAGCAGCCCUAAAAUCUCGCGGUGCUACCAUUCAGACAUCUUGCAUUUUAAUAAGUCCGUUCUUGGAGGGAAUUUUCCUAAAAUAUACACUAAAUAUAAUUUCCGUACAAAAGACAGGCUUUCAUCAGUCUGUUGCAUCCAAAUUAUUUUUUCCUCCGCGUUAACGGAUGUGAGGCGGUUGGACCGAGCCUCGCGUGCCAAUCCCGCGGAGUUUAUACGGUCUCUCACGGGGCUCUCUCCAGCCGUAUUGUGCGUCAUCUCCAUUGCUGCCGUUUUGUUAUUUUUCUCCGUUGAGGAAACAUGGCAACUCCCGCCGCGGUCAACCCGUCCGAGAUGGGCAGUGAGUUGCCAGGGACAGUAGCAAUGGCGGGGGCAGUCGGGGCCGGCCAAGUGAGGAUGGGAGGAGCUGUGCCGGGCCGCGGGGGCAAGAGGAGAUCGGGAGGAAUGGACUUUGAUGAUGAAGAUGGAGAGGGGCCUAGCAAAUUUUCAAGGUAUGAUGAUGAUCAGAUUCCUGGUGGGGAUAAGGAGAGAUAUGCCAGAGAGAACCACAGUGAAAUCGAGCGACGCCGACGCAACAAAAUGACCCAGUACAUCACUGAGCUGUCAGACAUGGUCCCUACCUGCAGCGCCCUGGCCCGGAAACCUGACAAACUGACCAUCUUGCGCAUGGCUGUCUCCCAUAUGAAAUCCAUGAGGGGCACUGGCAACACAUCCACUGAUGGGGCCUAUAAGCCCUCCUUUCUCACUGAGCAGGAACUGAAGCACCUGAUCCUGGAGGCGGCGGACGGCUUCCUGUUUGUGGUGGCGGCAGAGACAGGUCGGGUGAUAUACGUGUCGGACUCUGUGACGCCAGUGCUGAAUCACCCCCAGUCCGAGUGGUUCGGCAGCACUCUGUACGAACAGGUCCACCCUGAUGAUGUGGACAAGCUGAGGGAACAGCUCAGCACUUCAGAAAACUCCAUGACAGGACGGAUUCUGGACCUGAAGACAGGAACAGUGAAGAAGGAGGGUCAGCAGUCCUCCAUGAGAAUGUGCAUGGGCUCCCGACGCUCUUUCAUCUGCCGCAUGAGGUGUGGCAGUGCUCCUCUGGAUCACAUCUCCUUAAACCGUCUGUCUAACAUGAGGAAGAGAUACAGGAAUGGCCUUGGACCGUCAAAAGAAGGAGAGGCUCAGUACUCUGUUGUGCACUGCACUGGCUACAUCAAAGCAUGGCCCCCUGCAGGUAUGACAAUACCAGAAGAAGACACAGAGGCAGCUCAGACUGGGAAAUACUGCCUAGUGGCCAUCGGAAGACUGCAGGUGACCAGCUCUCCAGUCUCUAUGGAUAUGAACGGCCUGUCAGUGCCGACAGAGUUCCUGUCACGUCACAACUCUGACGGCAUCAUCACUUUUGUCGACCCGCGCUGCAUCAACGUCAUUGGUUAUCAGCCCCAGGACCUGCUGGGGAAAGACAUUCUGGAGUUUUGCCAUCCAGAGGACCAGAGUCACCUGAGAGAAAGUUUCCAACAGGUGGUGAAGUUGAAGGGUCAGGUUCUGUCGGUGAUGUACCGUUUCCGUAUGAAGAACAGGGAGUGGAUGCUGAUCCGAACCAGCAGCUUCACCUUCCAGAACCCCUACUCUGAUGAGAUAGAGUACAUCAUCUGCACCAACACUAACGUCAAGCAGCUACAGCAGCAGCAGCAGGCAGAGCUGGAGGUUCACCAGAGAGAUGGACUGACUGCCUACGAUCUUUCUCAGGUACCUGUUGCCAGCGUCAGCAGUGGAGUCCAUGAGGCAGGGAAGAACAUUGACAAGACAGAAGCCCUGUUCUCCCAGGACAGAGACCCACGCUUUGCUGAGAUGUACACCGGCAUCUCUGGCUCGGGAGAUAAGAAGAUGAUGGUUCCCUCCUCUACAGCAGGAGGACAGCAGCUCUACUCCCAGAGCUCUCCCUUCCAGCAGGGACACUCUAGCAAAAGCUUCAGUUCCUCUGUGAUCCAUGUUCCCGGUGUGAAUGACAUCCAACCAUCAGGCUCAUCCAACCAGAAUCUAGCUCAGAUCUCCAGACAGCUCAACCCAGGCCAGGUGGCUUGGUCAGGCAACCGACCCCCCUUCUCUGGCCAGUCCAGUAAAGCCCAGUCCAGUCCUUUUGGUAUUGGUUCUGGCCACAGCUACCAGACUGACCCAGCUUCCUACAGUCCCCUGUCAUCCCCAGCUACUUCCUCCCCCAGCGGCAACGCCUACUCAGGAUUGACGAACCGCAGCACAGCCUUUGAUGUGUCAGGGGAGAGCAGUCAGAGUGGAGCCCAGUUCCAAGGUCGUCCCAGUGAGGUCUGGUCCCAGUGGCAGAACCAGCAUCACUCCCAGCAGGCCGGGGAGCAGCACACACACCCCAACCCCAGCCAGACUGAAGUCUUCCAGGAUAUGUUACCCAUGGCUGGAGAUCCCACACAGGGAACAGCCAACUACAACAUUGAGGACUUCGCUGACCUCGGCAUGUUCCCACCCUUCUCUGAGUAACCCCUCCCCCCUCUCCGUCCCCCCACCCUGUUGGUCUGCCCUGGCCACCAUAGACAGUGGAGGAACUGGACUGAUAUUUGCAUUUCAUCUCUUAUGUUCUGUCUCAUGUUUCUAUAUUGCUGGAUCACCAACACACAGCUGAUGUGCAGCACUGUGAAUGUCUGGGUGCACUUGUCAUUCACGCACACAUACAAACACACACACACACACAAUCCAUUCAUGUUCAGGCUCCAAGGCCUGCAGUAUGUAUCUGUGAACAUACACAUACCUCAUUGCUGCAAGAGGAAUCCUGCUGUCAGAUGGAAGCUACAUCAGUCAACAUGUAUCAGCUGUUUGUCUUCACAGUGAUGGACAUUGUCUCAAGCUCUGAACAAACGCAGACGAAGUUAAAAGUGUAGUCUGUGAUGUUCAAGUCACUGAAAUUGUCGAGAUAAGAAUCCAGAGUGAAGCUCUGUACAGUCAGUGUCAGUAUGACUAGAGGAGGUCAGUCAUGUCAUCAUAGCUGUAAUUGUAAAGGACUAGUACCAGUGUUAUACAGUAUUAUAUAGAUUUUACUUUUCAGAUUUGACUGGAUUAAGUUAACUCCAGUUUCUGGAACACACACUGCACUAAAUCUUACCUAAAUAUUCCUGUUGACUGAACAGGAAAUAUGUUUUCAGAUGAUUUAACAUUUAAAUCUCAGUGAUGGUGCUGAUUUAGAGCUGACGUGGAGUUCUGCACAGUAUCACAUUUCAUUUAACUAUAAAGAGACGGUAACACAGCAUCAAUUAGUCAUUACUUAACUGUUGAGGAAUUUAGGCCUCAGCUACUUCAGAGAAGUUGCCCAAAGUUGUCAAAGAUCUUGCUCAACUGUGAUUGGAGCACUGAGGAGAAAACAUUGGCUGGCCCUGUGCACAUUGAAACUUGCUGGUAUUUUUCAAAUGAAAAGAUCCUGAGAGAGUUCAUGUACAUGUGCACAUUUUACUGGAGGCCUACGGAGACUAGAAUGAAUGAGCUGAACUGAGUGUGAGCAUCACAUCAUCACAUCCUGCUGUAUGUCUCACUACAGUAACUGUUCCGUACAGUUCCGUACAGUAACUGUUGGUGUUUAGAUGUGCGCACCGACAGUCCUCGACCUCCAAGCAUGAUUACUUUAUAUCGUAGUAUUGUCAUACAUGGUCACCCAGUUUGUACAGUGAUGUGGCAAUAACCCACACUGGGUCACAUGUUUGACCUGCUGGUGUCAUCAGUCAGAAGGCUGGUGUGGCUCACAUGUGUCAGUACAUAAUGUCACAGUGACUGCUCUAGUGUUAUUAGAGGAUGUAUAUUUAUUUCACAAUGACUGAGACAAAAUAAUGUGGACACACACUCUUCAGCUGAAUCAUAAAGCUGUGUAUGCAUAGUUCUGCUGUGUGUGCAAACAGAUUUUUUGUAUCUUUCUUUAUGCAUCAGGCCUUGGUGUCAGUCUAGACAGGACGUCAUUUAUAUCACAGUACAGUAGGAAAUGACCAAUCUCCUCUGGUAAUAACUGCAGUGAUUGGAAAGAGAAUCAUGCUGAUGGAAAUGCCAAGAAAUCCCAACACUAUCUGUUAGGGCUGUGCGAUAUGACAAUAUAUAUAUAUACAUAUUGUGUGAUGAUAGAAAAACGUCUGUCGUUAUUAUACUAUAUUGUUUAUUUCAGUGUCGCAAAUCAAACUCUUUACGGCAAUAUUUUUCGUCACUUGGAGUCUGUCCAUCUUUUGUAUGGAUUACAUCAAUAAAUUACUCUUCUGGGCUUUUUACUCGCAAAGCUUUUAUUGCACUGACAUUAAAGUAACAAGUGUAGUUGUCAACUCGAGUACUUCACCUGGUUCACUGUCAGAGUAGCGACCAUAAAUGACAGCAAAACGCAGUAGAGUCUAUGUUUAUUUAUUUGUAAUCUAUCUACUAAAGGAAUGACUCUCUGUCUGUAUGUCCUUUGCGUAUCUCUUGAACUGUUUAUCCGAUUGACUCCACACUUGGCGGGUGUAUGGCUGGGGAACAAAGGGAGUGCCAUGUCGAAUUUGGUGCAAUUUGGACACACGCCAUGAUAAAUAUUAAUAAAUUUAAACUCUAAAUAAACAAACCAUCAGCCGCUCUGCUCUGCAGCAGCAGGGCGGGGCCUCUGGGCUUUGCUACUGCAUCUCAUGAUCUGAGCUGUACAACCCUGCCAUUAGAGUGAGGAGGGCAUGACAUUCUUCGUUUAAUAGCGUUAAAAGUUUGGGUUUUUUGCAGGUUUCCCAACUUAUUUU